AUGAAAGUAAAUAUAAAUGAAGGAGAAAAGAUGUAUGGAGUUGAAAAUUUAAUGAUUGAAUUAGAUAAUUUUAAUGAAUGUUUAGAAUAAGAAAAUAAAGAGGAUAUUGAUAGAAAUAAUAAAAAAAAAUUGAAGAAACAUAAAAAACUUAAAGAUAAACUAAAAAAUAAACAUAAAAAUUUAGAUUUAAUAAAUUCUGGUAAAUUAUAAAGAAAAGAAAAAAGAAAUAUUAUUGUUAUUGAUGAAUAUGAUGACUUACAAAAAAUAAAAGAUUUAAAACUCAAAGAUAUAGAUUAAACUCUAUAGAAGAAGAGUGUUAAUACAAUAAAAAAUAAAGAUAAAAUACAAAAUAUAAGUAAAUCAGUACAAAAUUAUAAAUAAGAAUAAAAAUGUAAUAAUAGUUUUCAAGAAAAUUUAAGAAUAAAAUAAAAGACAAACUAUUAGAAUCUUAAAAAAGAAGUGGAAAUAUAAACUGAUGAUAAAUGCGAUAUUAAAAAAUUAGAAAUCUUUCAUUUAUUAAAGAUAUCUUAAAAUUUUAUAUUGUCUACACAUAGUUUAACUGAAAAAAUUAUUAAAAUGUAUGUUUGA